GCCUUCAGCAAAUCCUCAACUUCAUUUACACCUCCAAACUGCUGGUGAGCAGCCGCACUGUCCGUGACGUGCUCAACGCAGCUACCCUGCUUCAAAUGAGCGACAUCGCUGCCUCCUGUCAUGACCUGAUCAGCAGCCACUCGCUGAGAACCACCUGCGCAGAUAUGGCCAGCCCUGAAACACUUGGCAACAGUGACCCAACUGCUGCAGUGAUGCCCCCCAGCCAGCUGUACCGGGAGAUCAAACAGGAGUCGGAGCUAGGCAGGGGGUACACACGGGAGAGCAGCAGCCCAUUUUCAGUUAGAGUGGAGGAGGCAGGCAAGACGAGCUGCCAGCAGAAGCAGUACUAUCAGAAAGAGGAGGGGUCAGGGGCCAGGGCCAGCACAAAUUCUUUGUGCAAAGUAGAAGGCAAUGGAGAGGAGUCAAAGACUGCAGAUGGGCACUCCUCCUUCAACAGAGAUCAGAUCAUUGUUGAAGUCAAUCUCAACAACCAGACCCUUAAUGUGUCAAAGGGAUCAGAGGGCAAAUCAGUAACCACCACAGAGACAGCCACCAUUUUUGGUCAUUGUUGUGACAGUGAAAGAGAUUCAGAGGAUGAUGAAGAAAAUGAGACGAAGCAUAAUGAUGCAGUUGCAGAAGAUGAUGAAGACAUGAAGACGGGAGACUUAUUGGGGCAGAGCAGUGAGGAGGAAGAUGACGAGGAUGAAGAGGAGGAGGAGAACACCCUAAACAUUCCAGGUCUGGAGCAGACGGCCAUGAUGGAUCGACCUCGACGGUGCACCAGAGCCUUAGCCAUGGUAGGUACCGCAACCUCCAUGCGACAGACGCUGGCAGAAGCCACGCUGGCCAAUCAGCGGCUGGGGGGGGCGAAAGCCCCGGGGGGUCAGAAAGUGAGGCUAGAAGAGAAGCAACAUUUCCCCUGUAAGAAAUGCCCUCGUGUCUUUAAUAAUUGCUGGUAUCUGGAAAAACACAUGACUGUCACUCACAACCGCAUGCAGAUCUGCAGUAACUGUGGGAAACGUUUCCUGCUGGAAAGCGAGCUGCUGCUGCACCACCAGACCGACUGUGAGAAGAGUAUCCAGUGUGUAACAUGUGGAAAGGUCUUCAAGAAGCUGUGGUCGCUACAUGAGCAUAACAAGAUCGUCCAUGGCUACGCUGAGAAGAAGUUCUCUUGUGAGAUCUGUGAGAAGAAGUUUUACACCAUGGCUCAUGUCAGGAAGCACAUGGUUGCCCAUACAAAGGACAUGCCUUUCACCUGUGAGACCUGCGGGAAGUCAUUCAAGCGCAGCAUGUCCCUGAAGGUUCACUCUCUGCAGCACUCAGGAGAGAAACCCUUCAAGUGUGAGAACUGUAGUGAGCGCUUCCAGUACAAAUACCAGCUGCGUUCCCACAUGAGCAUCCACAUUGGACACAAGCAGUUCAUGUGCCAGUGGUGCGGAAAGGACUUUAAUAUGAAACAGUACUUUGAUGAACACAUGAAGACACACACUGGUGAAGAGCCGUACAUCUGUGAGAUCUGUGGGAAAAGCUUCACAAGCCGACCCAACAUGAAGCGGCACCGCCGCACCCACACUGGAGAGAAGCCCUACCCGUGUGAGGUGUGUGGCCAGCGCUUCCGCUUCUCCAACAUGCUGAAGGCCCACAGGGAGAAAUGCUUUCGCAUCAGCAACCCCAUGGUUGCCGACAGCAACGACCCCCUGGGCCUCAACCAGCCUUUGGCCUCGUCCAUGGACUCUUCCAGUCAGGUCCAGCUGGGGAUGGCACUCCCUGGCACGUCUGUGACCACGCCCACUGCUGCCUCUAGCCCCCACCACCUCCACGGCACCCAGCUGUCUCUCCCCCUGCUGCACUCCAUGGGGGGGAUGCCUCCCACUUCAGAUUUACCCCCACCACCUCCCCUGUUCUCUGCCGGUAGGAUGAACUCCAACAACUAACAAAUCUCUGUAGCAUUUAAAGCACUUUGUUACUUGUUGUUUUUCUUUGAGCAUUUAAGAGGACUCCUGCAGCAGGAGAGCGAUGCACCUCAGCUGCAUUUACACAGAGGGAAAACCUUAAUGACGGCUUCAUGGAGGCCUCAUAAAAACACACGUACGUAUAUACUUAUUUUUUACUCUGUUGAAUUCAGCAGGUAACCUCAUAGCCCAGUUGGAUAUUUUGUCGUCACUCUUCACACAACUCUGUCCUGGUUUCAUUUGGGAUUUUCCAACACCGCACACAUCUCUCCAGAUCCUGCACAUUGAAUUGAUUGUAGCAUCUUUUACAGAAUGGGAGAAAGAGUUCCAUAAAUCUUCACCCUUGGAGAGGGUCAUCAGUCGAGUGAGAACCACACUACAAUGAGUUUUAUUUUUCAUUCUCUGCUGAGAUGUAGCGGGUGGUUUGUGUCUGACCCAGCAAUAACCAAAUGCUGAUUUGUCUUUGAGCAUAUACCUGUAUAUGGCAUUGCCAGUAACCAAAUCCUGUUAGCUCACCUGCUAUAGAUAGGUAAUGUUAAACAGCAUUUAUAAUCAGUCCUGCACCUUACAUUUAACUCUAGUGAUAUUUAAAAUGUACUCUUAAUCGUCUUCAUUUUUAUAAUUGUGAUACUGUGUUACUCGUGGCACGUUGCGUCAGGGUGGAAGGACAUAUGAGAAGCUGUGUUGUGUGGAGUGUUGUGUGGAGAGUCUGCUGUGCAAUGCAGCGUGUGGUGUUUGUAAUAGUGUGUUCGUGUGUGUGUGAGAGAAGCAGAGGGUUGAACUGAGAGUCCACAGAUUUGUGUUCAUCUAAUCAACACUCGCGCUUCCUCAAGUCAGGAGAUGGACAAAUGUGUUGACUCACAUCUUUUGCUUACAUUAAGCAAGCACGCUCCUCUCCUGUAGAUCCGGCUUUGAGAUGGUAUGGCACUUUUUAGUGACUUGUCAGUAAAACCUAAUGUACUCAGACCUACAGUAUAUUUGUAGGUUUAAGCAUAAUAUUAAUGUUAACUUUCCCAACUAAACCUGAUCUGUGUAAUUAGUAUGCAGAAUACCAAUAGCGUAGGAAUAAUAAUAUUCACAAAAGGCUGCUUACAUAGCUGAAUUAAAUGUGCACAUUUCAUCUCGAUGUAACUCAUAUUGUGAAUUGAUAAACACUACAUUAUAUUCCGAUGUCUAAAUUUCUUUGAGCGCGCUGACAGUCGUUGCAUUUGGCAGAGCAACAGAGCUCAUCAUUAAAAGGGCUCUUUACUAUUUUAUCCCUGUAAUAAAUUAGUGACUUUUUAAAAGAUUUCUGUAAAAGCAAAACAGAUAAUGCAGUGUAACCUCCCUAAAAGAUCUGUGGUUUUCAUAGCACCUUUGACAGUGGUUUGUCAUACAUUCACUGGUGUAGUAGCCUUUAAUUUCAGGAAAUGUGUGUGAGUUAAAUGAGGACACUGAUACCACUCAAAUAUGUAUUCAUCAGAUAUGAACCUAUAUUUCUCAGUCUUUCUUAGAGAGCAGCAGUUAUCUCAACUCUGACAAAAGAUCAGAAACGUCCACCUACCAGGGAUCCAUACAAAGAAGGUGUAAAAAUGAGAAUUUGAGAUGUAACAGGGAGUUAUAACUUGACAAUAGUAAGAUAAAUGAUGUUAAAUGCUGAUCAUUAUGCUAAACUAAGUAGAUUUAUGUUUAUUAUAAAAUCAUGACAGUGGUAUCAAUCUUUUUAUUUAACUCUUAGCCAGAAGAGAGUAGUUGCCAGAAUGUCAAACCUUUAAACCAGUGGUUUGUAGAUGCUCAACAAAGUUGAGAACAUGCAGUACGUACCACUGAUAUAAGGCUGUGACUGUACAGUACAGUUGAUUGUCAUCAAUCUAUAGAAUGCUUGACAGUAAAAAGUUUCUUGAAUGAAUAGUUUUGGGAAAUACCCUUUUUGUAUCUGUGCAUUAAAUUUGAAGUAACAUUCAGCAGCUGCUUAGUUUAGCUUUGGUUCAAAGACUGGAAAUGGAGGGAAGCAGUUUUUGACUUUACAUGAGGAUGCAGUAUGUGCUUGACUAUUUCUUCAUCGGACACAGUGACACCCCAGAGUCUUAAAUCUAACACUGGUUAACAAGUAAUGUUGGUGAGCAUUAGAGGUGCUAUUUCCCAUUUCCAGUCCAAAGCUAAACUAAACAUUUGUGACAGUAGCUGUAGCUCAAUAUUUAUCAAACAUCUCAUGUAAUUUUGGACAAGAAAACAAUUAAGGGUAUUUCUCAAAAUGUAAAAUUAUUCUGGCAUUUCCCUUUUCAAAAGUCUCUGUGCACUAUCGAUGCACCCCGGUUCACUUUAUCUAGCCUAUGUCUAAUGUUAAUGUAGCAUUAACCUGUAAAUAUGGUUAAGAUGUUUCUUUCUGUGAUUAAUUCCCCAUGUUUACAUUCAGAGAGUCAGUUGAAAGUGUCCCCACAUGUCUUGGCUGGCACUGGCAGGAGUUUGAAUUUGUGGAUUAAGCUUUUGUAAAUGUAAUAAGCUAUUUAAUUUGAAAAACAUAUUGAAGCACCUUGGUGUGGUCUUAUGUCUUAGCUCUCCCCAGUCAGACUACAUGUGAUUGUUCUUUGAUAAUGGUACAUUUUAAUUUGAGUGUCAAACACAUUUUGUAUUUUGAGUUGUCCACUUCAAGAGCCUUUAAAUGAAAAAUGCUGGCUGACUAUAUUCUGGCAGUCAUACUUCCAGCUUAGCCUUAUUUUGACAGUGAGCUCCAGCUACAAUUACAGACAUUUGGAGCGGUUUUAGGCGAUAGCUGCCAAACAUUUUAUACAACUUAAGAUUUAAUCUGAUCAUUAGUAGACAGGGACAACAGAAAGGAACAAAGGCAGCCUGUCACACAAAUAUAAGGACUGUUGCUCUGUUGUGGCAACCAGUGGUGGAAUGUAACUUAGUACAUUUAUUCAAGUACUGUAUGCAGAUUCUUCUGAUCAAGUGAAAACCAUGUACAGUAUCUCCAAAUUAGGUGAUUUUGAAUUUAGACUUUUUUGAUAAACAGUGUUCUUUUAUAUGUUGUAUAAAUUCUUAUAC